AUGGCAGACUCUGCGUACUCGUUCAGUCUGACGACCUUUAAUCCAUCAGGAAAACUGUUACAGAUUGAAUACGCACUAAAUGCUGUCAAUACUGGAGGCAAAACGUCUUUGGGCAUUCGCUGCAAAAAUGGCGUUGUAAUCGCUACGGAAAAGAAGUUACCGACAAUUCUUGUGGAUGAAGACUCGCACAAGAAAAUUGCAAUCCUUUCAGAUCCUGCAGGCAUCGUGUAUAGCGGUCUCGGCCCUGAUUAUCGCGUCCUGGUACGCAAGGCGCGCAAGAAAGCGCAGACCUAUUUCCAGAAAUACAAGGAACAUGCACCUGCUAGUAUUUUGGUGCGUGAGAUUGCAGCUGUGAUGCAAGAGUUUACCCAAUCGGGUGGUGUCCGUCCUUUUGGUGUGUCGAUCUUGUACGCGGGCUAUGAUGACGACGGUCCUCAGCUUUAUCAAAUUGAUCCGUCGGGAGCAUACUUUGGCUGGAAGGCCACUGCUAUUGGAAAGGACUCAGUUAGUGCCAAGACGUUUCUUGAGCGGCGCUACAAUGAUGACUUGGAGAUUGAAGAUGCAAUCCAUACGGCGCUACUAACACUUCGUGAAGGGUUUGAAGGCGAAAUGGAUGAAACUAACAUUGAGGUGGGCAUUAUCAAAGAGGACAAGAAGUUUCAUGUGCUGACGCCGUCCGAGGUGAAGGAUUACUUGGAGCAAGCCGAAUAA